UGUUUGAUCCUGAUGUCUAUGAUCCUCCCCUUCCUCCAGUGUCCCCCUCAUAUCUCUUGAUAAGACACAUCGUGUGGAGUCACUCUGCAUAUGCUCAGUUUGGUGUGUAUUGCUAGAAGUGCAUGUGAUCAGCACAGGGCCAAUCAGCACUGUCAAGACAGAGGUCAGGGGUUCUGCAUCCUCCUAGAUCAAAAUAAAAACUCCUCCUACAAGCUUUAACCAGUGCUUGGCUGGACACUGAUAGGAAUCACAAGACUGCUCUAACUGCUGAUGAGAAAAGGUAUUUAGCAGUUUGUAUUGACUAA